UUCCUUCCUCUCCUCUUUCCGGAGCAGAGCAGAGACCCGGCUUUAACCCCCAAAACCUCGCCGCAUCCGCCAUGGCCGAGGACACCGAGACGAGGCCGCCGUCCGCGGGCUCGCGGGGCCGCGCGCCGGAGGACCACGACAGGGAGGAGGGCGAGAUCGCUGACUCCUCCUCCUCCCACGCGCUUGACCACGCCUGGACCUUCUGGUUCGACAACCCCCAGGCCAAGGCCAAGCAGGCCGCCUGGGGGAGCUCCAUUCGACCCAUCCACACCUUCUCCACCGUAGAGGACUUUUGGGGCCUUUACAAUAAUAUUCAUCACCCUAGCAAGUUGGUUACUGGAGCUGACUUCCAUUGCUUCAAGAACAAGAUUGAGCCAAAAUGGGAGGACCCUAUUUGUGCUAAUGGCGGUAAAUGGACCAUCAGCUGUGGCAGAGGAAAAUCUGACACAAUGUGGCUCCACACUCUGUUGGCAAUGAUUGGUGAACAAUUCGAUUAUGGUGAUGAAAUUUGUGGAGCAGUUGUCAGUGUGCGAGGGAAGCAGGAAAGAAUAGCUAUCUGGACCAAAGAUGCUGCUAAUGAAGCUGCUCAGAUAAGCAUUGGGAAGCAGUGGAAGGAGUUUCUGGAUUACAAGGACUCCAUUGGAUUCAUUGUUCAUGACGAUGCAAAAAAGGCGGACAAAGGCCCUAAGAACUGUUACACAGUUUGAUCCUGAUACUCGGACCCCUGAGAGUAGCAGGUCCACAUGACAUGUAGGAUGGUUUUAUUCGAUGCAGUAGUAUCUUGCAGAGUUUUAAUGCUACUGGUGAAUGUUAUUUGUUGCUAUGAAUUGUAUAAACAUAACCUAAUAUGUUGCAUCUAUUUCUGUACUCGAUAAGUCACUUGAGGUUUUCUUUUAUCA